UGUCCUCGCUCUUUCGUUGUGUUGCAUCUAGCAUCAUCGAUUCGCCUGCGUGGCUUUGAAAUGCGUACGGGGAGCAGGUGCUUUUCUUCGCUUUAAUAGCAUGCUUGAGUUUAUUCCUGAGAAACAAGAUAAGAAAAGCCAGGAAGGAAAGCAUCAUGACCACUCCCUCCUACCCAUGUGCACGGCUCGUGUCGUGGUCGUGCAGAAGGCAGCGGGGGCUACUGCUCAUCGUUUCUCUUGCGACUGGUACAUCAUUCGCCAUGUUGCCGGUCGAGCGAGCAAGCCGGGAGACCACAUUCGCGGAGGGUGACGCUUUGAUCGAUUUUCCAGGCGACGUACUUACCGAGACGCGUACGCAAGAGCCACCGGCUGGCAUCCAAGCUGGAAAUUUGCUGCAAGCGCAUAGCGUGCACGGCGAGGAAAGUAGAGACGCGCAUGCGCAAGGGAGGCCUCAGUCUCCAACCUCUGAAGGUCCAUCGAUAACUGGCACAAAAAAAGAAGACGCAGAUCAUGCUUUUGAUUCGCAGCCCAUCAUCAGCGAUCCGGAGCCAUUUUCCAUGCGAAACCUGUUGGUAGACAAGCCUGCGGAGCAAAUCAUUCCGCGCGGAUCUGCAGUGGAGAUAGCAACUUCGAUGUUGGAGAAACACGACUUUGUCGAUAGGGGGAACAAACAGCGCGUACCACAGGCUCCCUUUUCCGCCGCGACGCAAGCUCCUUCAGCGAGGGCGCCUUCAGUCGGGCCGUGGGUUGGUUCGAAUAACCGCGGUGAUCCUGCAUCGCUGCAAGGCAACAACAUUGGGACGGCGAGUGGUUUUCACGAGCGUGCACGCCUGCAUUAUCUCGCAGCACGUGAACAGGCACGAAUGCAGCAGCACAAGCGAAAUGCCGGAAGCACACGAGCCAUAUCGUUUCAGCAGCAGGGAGUACUAGCUGCUGAAAGAAGCGCAACAAGUGCUCAUGGCCGCGAAAGUCCAAUGUACGCAGCUCCCUAUCUUCCCGCUGGCGCGUACGGCAACGUUUCUCCGAGUGGAGCACAAUCCCAGUAUGGUAGGAGUCCAUCACCAGAAGUCACCAGCAGGUCAAGAACAGUUCCACAAGCGCAGAGUGGUGCAGAGAGUCCCACGCGAGGACCGGAUUACGUUUUUCAAGACGAUGGGGUAUAUCACAUCGGUCCGACAGGAGAGCAGACCCAAACCUCCGACGAGAACAGUCUGCUGAACGUAGCGGAGCGCAUGACCACAGGUGGCGAAGAGCGAGCUCGGGAACAACGGAACCAAACCAGUUCGGAGGACGACCAGUGGACGAAUGAGGAAGUGGAGAAGACCAACGUUGCGCUAGCCGAUGCGAAGAAAAGGAAAACCGAAAUUCUCGCGGAGGAACUGCAGUUGGAGGCGAAAAUCUUAAAGCUGGACAAAGACAAGCUCGGGGUGGAGCAGGAUAUUACAGUGAAAAAUGCCCCCACCCCCAAAGUUGCAAAAAUUUGUGAUGCGAAGUUUCCAAAUGAAAACUUUCUGCCAUGCAUGAAAGGACUAUGAAUCUUUCUGAUGCAGAGUCUAAGCGUGUAUCGCAUCGCUUCCAUGACAAGUGCCGCCCUUGCUGGGGUCUUUUGCAAUACAAAUUUUUGCUAUUCGCGAUUGAAAACCUGUGAUGCUGACAGAUGCAAGAGGGCGAGUGUUUCAUUUGGAAAGGGUUGCAAUGAAUACAAAUGCUCCCGAGUUCGGAAGUGGGGGCAUUUUUCAUUAUAAUACAGGAAGAAGAUACCCUGCAAGUGAAGCGCGUGCGCCUUCUGCAGAAGGAGGGUGUCCUCACGCCGGUGUCGUCGGGCACAGAGGACGACGGGUCAGGCGGCAGCCCGGAAUCCUCUACGAUGAAGUUCGUGCGAACAAUGAACCUGGUUGUCCUUGGAGUGGUGGUAUUGCCAUCUGCUAUAUGUGUUUACUUGAUUAUGUUUUGCAAAAAAUAGAAAUAGGCUGCUGCUUUCGUGGUCUGCCUGGAUAUACAUGAUUGGAAGCUCAUCCACUGAAGAUCCCUGAAUAUUCAAAAUGAAAAUUCUCUCAGGGCACGCUCGUUUUAGCCUUUAUGCUGUACCUUUGGUUGGACAGCAGUGGACCUGCGAUUGCGCCUGCUGGUGCGCCCGCGAAUCCAGUACCAGUUACGCCUGCCGCCACCGGUCCGCGAGGGCCGGUGCGCCCGGCUGCGGGUACCACUUCAGCUUUUCAAGGCGCGGGAAAUCGCCUUCCGAGCGGCGGGACGGGCGGUGGUAACGCGGCGGGUGGUGGUCCUGCUUUUGGGCCUCCUGUUGAUCAAGAGCAGCAGCCUCCAAGAGCAAUGGCGCCCGGGGAGGACACGGACUUCUCUUUCGAUGAAGACUCAGAAAGAGGAGGGGCCGAAAGAACAAACUGA